AUGCGUUCGUUUGGAGUUUUUACUUUGUUGCUGAUUGUGCUAUUAUGCGUCAUUUACAAUGCAGCUGCGGUGAAGGAUGAAGGCUUUGUGCGGACGAAACGUCAAUUUGGAUUCCCAGGUUAUGGUGGAUAUGGCGGCUAUGGUGGCUACGGAGGUUACGGCGGUCGUGGCGGCUAUGGAGGCUAUGGCGGCUAUGGGCGUCGAGGUCGAUUUGGUAGAUACGGGGGCUAUGGUUUCCCAGGAUUCGGUCCCGGAUACGGCUUUUUUGUUUAA